CUCCCUGAGUCCUCUCGUGUCCAACGUUAGGUAAAGGUAAACAGUCGGCCGCAGGGGUGCCAUUACGGUGACGCAGUGCCGCUGUCUGGGCCACUGUUACUCCAUAGUACAACAGGGAACACAUACACCACCAGCCUCAGUGUGACAGUGUGGCGCAGCUCAGGCAGCGUGGGAGCCAGCAGAGGUCCGUGGAGGCAGAGCUACCGGCGCACCAGCCUCCCACCCCACAGAUGUGGAGGAGAGCACAACAGUCAUAAAGCCUCCUGGAGCAACCAAACCCACCUAAAGAAAAACUGCAAUAGUUGUGAUACAGUUAGCAACACUACAAGAAUCAAGGCAACAACACAUCACCGCUACAAAGGUGUACCCCAGACUUCAUCGACUUCAUUGACUUUGAGCCCUCCCUAGAAAUUAUGGCCUUAAGCUAUAGUGAUGGGGAAUAGCAUUUCUGCCGCCCAAAACACAGCCAGUGCCCUCACUGGCGGGGGAGGGGGAGCUGCCCAUGUCAUCUCUGAGUUCCCUUCACCCCAGCUUUCUGUGGACACCUCAGGCCAGCCUCCAGCAGAGUGUCCAAUGCACAGAGUCCCAGCAGCUCCGCCCUCCGAAUGCCCCAUGCAUAAUAAAGAUGUGGCUGCUUCCUCUGCCUCCCCUUCAGAAUGUCCCAUGGACAAAUCUUACCAACAGCAGAGCCUCCCAUCUGAGUGCCCCAUGAGUGGGGGUGCAGGGAAGGGCCCCGCCCACCAGGCAGGACUCCACUAUGGCACAGACCAUGCUGGAAAGUUUGUGGACAUCAACCCGUUGAACCAAGAGGCAUUCCCUAACCAGAAGCCAUCUCCUGACCAGCCCUUCGCCCUGCCCACUGAGAGACAGGUGUCAUCAAUUCCCAAGGCUGAUGCAGAAGGAGAAAACUGGGUGUACCCAUCACCACAGAUGUUCUGGAAUGCAAUGCUGAGAAAGGGCUGGCGCUGGAAGGACGAUGAGUUAUCCCAGCGUGACAUGGACCACAUCAUCCGCAUCCACAACAUUAACAAUGAGCUGGCCUGGCAGGAGGUGCUGCGUUGGGAGUCUCUGCACAAACAUGAGUGUGGCCAACCAAGGCUGAAGCGCUUUGGGGGCAAGGCUUCAGAUUAUUCCCCUCGAGCAAGAGUGAGAGGUUGGCUGGGGUAUGAAUUGCCGUUUGACCGCCACGACUGGAUUGUGGACCGCUGCGGGAAAGAAGUACGUUACAUCAUCGAUUACUAUGAUGGGGGCCCAGUCAACCCUGACAACCACCAGUUUGCCAUUCUAGAUGUACGGCCAGCCAUGGACUCCUUUGAAAAUGUAUGGGAUCGCAUGGUGGUCGCCUGGUGGAGGUGGACCCGUAGUCCAGAGAGUGCAGAGUAAGCUUAUGACACCACUCUUCUCAUACCCUUUUAAGAGCUCCUCCUCCCCCAAGCCAUUUACCCUAUUUUCAUGUUACUUGUUCUGUUUUACCUAUUGCUAAUUGUGAUAAUUGGCUUAGACAGUCUACUACAAGAAACGUUGCUCCCUUGUCACAGGAAGGUAGAGGCAGUGCUUGGGUGACUCAAGGGAGGAGGAGGUAUAAUGAAACUCAGUAAUGUUGACAUGCAGGUGGGUGACUGAACAAUGUAAUGGUGAACUCAUGUUUUUAUUGAGUAUUUUGCUGACUCAGAACAGCUACAGGCCAGUGGUGAUAGCAUUGUGAACAGCAGCAGUAGUAAAAAGAUCAACAGGUUAAUUAACCUCCAAUAAAGCUUGUAUUUGAUCAUCUGGGAAGUAACAGCAAAUAGGGCCUUCAAAGAGUGCUUGAGUGAUUAAAGGAGGAGGUAUAGUGAGACUUCUAGUAGUGUUGAUGUAGUAGGUGGGUGAGUGGGCAGGGAAAGAAUGAAUACAAAUCUUGAAUUCAUAUUUCACUGACUCAAAACAGCAUCAGCCCGGUGAUGGUUGGAUUGUCAGUUUGCAGAAGUAUCUACCGUUUUAGUAACUUUGCAUCUUGUCAUUAAAGAAAUAGACUAUUUAACUGUGUGUCAUGGCAGUAUAUGUCUUGAACAACUUUGCUAAGCCAUUACAAUAGUCUCCACUCCUGAUCUACAAGGCACAUGGUGCUCGUAGUAUUACCUACCCUCAUGUAGACUUACUGCUGCUGUAAUGUAGGGCUGAACUGACCAACCAACAAGUCAGCUGGUCUAAUCACAAUGAGUUUCUUCAAUGUUUAUGUGUGUAAAUAUGAUGUACAAAGGUAAUUAUACUAAACCAUAAUACCACUGCUA